AUGUUCUCCUCGCUCACACCCACUAGCUUCCUCGUUGCCGGGCAUGAGACUACUUCGAGCUCUGUCUCUUCGCGCCGAACCGCGCUCACUGCCCUCCGCGCCGAGCUCCUCGCACUCGAUCACGUCGUGCGCGAGACGAUGCGCCUGCACACACCCAUGACGUUCACACUCCACGUCCCGACCGAGAACGAUGCGAUCUUUGUCGGUAUGCCUUACAUGGAUUACCGUGGCGUCGCGCGACACAAGAUCCAGGCAGCCGCAUCGUCAUUCCUGUGCUCGAGCUGGACUGAUCCAAGGCCAUCUGGGGUGACUUUCCGGUCCGUCCCCAUUCCCCGGCCGUAUCGAACCCAGAUUCACAUGAAGAACGUGAAUGCAGAGGCCAGCUGGUGCAAGAUUCCGGAGAUGUACGCGCAUGGGGGUUGGGUUGAGGCAUUGUGCAAACAGUAUACCAAGGCAAUCCGGGCAUAUGUUACGCUACCAAACAUCCUCUCAUCGAUAUGGAUGGUGUUUAUUCAGGGCAUGUGGAUCGUCAGCUACACCUUCGCCCUCUUCCAUGAUUGUCGUUGCGUAGCUUCCGUCCUUCAUGUCAUCAGUGAGUAUCGUCUACGCCUGCGUCAACCGUCAAGUGCUAUCAUUGCUAUCGUGGCUCUCCCUGUCUUCAUCGUUGCCGAUGGCAUCAUUAUCAUCGUCAAUGUCGUCUAG